GGGUGCAGUUAGCCAGUUCUGUCGCAAGCUUCGCCGCGGCCAGACGUGCAAGUGGCGUUACCUACGCGCCGGGGUGAAACUUGCAAGCUCCCCCUUAUCGAGCUUUCAGAUGGCUGUGCCUUUUAGAUUUUGACGUUUUCUUCGUUUAUCUUUCUCCUGUUGUACCCUUUUUUUUAUCUUUUAUUUUUUUUACACGGCUCCUUGUACAUUUCAGUAAGUUGUACAUCAGCAGAAAAUCAUCCCCCGACAUGCCACGAAAAAUUGGAUUCAGCGUCGUAUACGCAACCAGUGAAGAAGAUAGGCACUCUUCUUUGGAAUUAAACAUUCAUGGACCGACGGUAAGGGGUUGGCAAAGUUCACGAAGAUGUACAUAUCCUCAGGAAUUAAUUCUUCGUCUUCACGGUCCGACGAAACUUACGAGAAUACAGGUUUUAGCUCACCAAUAUCUAAUUCCGGAAAAGCUGGAAAUUUGGACGUCAAAAGAAGAGAAUGCAUCUGUCACAACAGACUUCAGUUAUUUGGGUUACAUUACAUUGUCGGACAAUGCUUCGACGAUGUACAAAAGCAGGGAGCUGAAAAGUGUCGCCCUUCCGGAGACAGAGGCUGUCUCGUUGAAAUUGAGACUGCACAAACCGCACAGUAACGCGCACAAUGUUUAUCAACAGGUCGGUCUUAUCGCUAUCAAUAUCCUUGGGGAACCUUACGGGCAAGAGUUGACUGGUCAGGGGGAUGCACCGUACAAUCCCCAUUACACCUCCCCAUACGAUGAUUUAGCAUUCGAAAUGUACGUCGAUCGUGAUGUCGCGAAAAUAAUCAGGCAAAUGGAGGCGAAGAAACUGCAGGCUGUGGAAGAGGAGAGGUUCGAGUACGCUUCGAAGCUGAAGGUAGCGAUGGAGAAUCUUAGGAAAGCCGGUGAACGUCUUGGGAAGUAUGAAUUGGAAAAGAAAUACGCCAUUGCUUUAGAGGAUUACGAUAAGGCCAAAGCGAAGAAGGCUCAAGCGCAACAAUACAGGCAGCAGGUCUACCAAAGCUUAGAGGUGCAAGAUCUACUCGAACUUCAUGGGCCAUUGGAGAAAAAUAACAUGUCAUCGAUGGAGGGAAAGGAGCCCAUAUCGGUAGAUACGUGUACUUCGAAUGCGACAGCUCCUCCUGAAGACAUCACAUCUCCUCCGAGAUUGGUGAUUCCCCCGAAUCGCGACGGUGCUAUAUCGCCGACGGGUCCUGCACAUCAACCACCAGUUUCGCCUUUGCAUCAGAAACCGAACAGUCCUGAAGUAACUGAUAGCCCUACGAACGGUGUCGUGGAGAGGCAAAACAAUUGCAAUAAAGGAUCUCUCAGGCGGAAAACCAAAUCUGCAGGACCGGCGCUUCGAUCCAGCUACGAAGCCUACGAGGAGAGGACGAUACCAGCUUUGAGACAUUCGCAUACGAACGAGUUUACUAGGGAGUGCCACAUGGACAACACGGAAUCGAAGGCGAUAUCGAAGCUGAACGACAGGGAGAAGAAGCAAGCUGCCUUACCCAUAGCCGUCUUCGGGAUGGAAAUGGUGGAGAAAUUCUACUCGAAACAAUUCACGGACAAGGAGGAAGGUUUGAUGCAGUUGAAGGAAGAGUUGAAGACGUUCGAUCCGGAAGUUUCGAAAAACUCGGCGAAUAAAACUGCGAGAGCAGCUAUUUUAUUAUUGCAUAGAGCCCUUAGAGACAAAGUUUUCAGCGUGUAUAGUCUAGCAGCACAAUUGAUUAGAAUCUUCUUCUCAGAAUUCGCGGCAGACAGAGUAUCGUCAACGGAAAUUGCGAGAAGUGUAGAAAGACUGCUACCGGAGCUGUUGACAAAAUCAGGCGACACUACCCCGAGGAUUCAUAACAUGGCAGUGCAUACGAUACUCAGUAUGGCGGAUUGUAAAUGCGUUAGGGAAUUGCAUAUUAUACCGGUGCAUCUGACGCGACCUGUUAGCAGUAGUACGCAUCAACGACUUGCCCUUAGCAGGCUAGAAAUGGUGGAACAAUUGAUUUUGAACCACGGCAUCUCUACUGAUAAGCAAAGCGGACUGACUUGUCGAACGUUAUCAGAGCUAGGCUCCUCGGGGUUGCACCAUCCAGCGGAAGCGGUCAGAAAAGUUUCAGAAAGGAUUUUGGUGCUAGUAUAUAAGGUGAAUCCUAGAUUGGUACGCAAGCAGCUACCCCCUGAUGAUGAUAUCACCAGGAGAAACUUAUUAUAUCGUCAAUUGUUUCACGAAUUCGAUCUGAUUGAUCUUCAGAGGAAAAAGGAAACGGAAGCGAGUCACAAAACAACGACACCCACACGGACAAAAUCGACGGAGAAUAACGUAGCAAACUUAACGAAAUCUCCUUCGCGAACUAGUCCUGUCGUUAGCACCGGAAGCUCAACGAGUAUAACAUCUCCGUCCGAGAAUAGUACAGAAUAUAAGGGUGACAAGAUAUGCAUAUUUUGCCUCUCCAAAGGCCAAGGGUAUUCCGAGGAAGGAUUAAAUAUUCAUUAUUGGAAAAGUUGUCCGAUGUUGACAAAGUGCGAGGCGUGCAAACAAGUGGUAGAAAUUUCGUAUUUGAAUUUACAUUUGUUAAACGAAUGUGAUAUGAGAAGCAAUUAUGUCAAGUGUGACACAUGCAGAUUAGCUAUUAAUGAGCAUUCUUAUGAAGAGCAUAGAAAAGAUAACAAGUGUACAAAACCCAUCGACGGCUACGAUCGUUGUCCACUUUGUUCCACUCUUGUCAAUCAGAAUAAAUGGAAGGAACAUCUGAUGGGUGAACAUCCUUGCACAAACAAUCCACGAAACAAGCUAGCAAAAAGCUGUUCAAAGUCUCCAUCCAAUUCUCAAAAUCUUGCCGGAAAAAUGACCUCACCAACCAGUAGGGAUUAUUAGCAUCGACCGUCAACUUCGAGUUUUUCGGAGUGUAAAAAGUUUUAGAAAAGAUUUUUCUUUUGUUAUCAUUUAUAGUUUAUCUAUAUGUUACGAGCUGUCCAGCGUUUUUUCAUAUUUAUACUUAUAUUUAAAUGUUUUUUUUAUAGAAAAACCCGUCCUUCAUUAGUAGAAAUCUCUGUGUUGAACGAAUUUCUAAUCGUAAGUUCAAAAACCUUCUAAUCUCUAGGAUCUAGGAAUCUUGUUAUCAAUUAAAUUGAAAAUCGCGAACAUCUAAUACGCAAUGUAAUUAAAGCUAGUAUCGACGAGACACGCGAUAAGAUUAUUCAUCUUUUUCAAUUUUACCGUAAAGUAGAUGCAAGAAGUUUAAUACGAUUUAACAACGUAUUAUUACACGUUAUGGCAUUGGCCAUUUCAGAAUUAAUGAUUCCUCUACAUCCGGCCAUAUUUAUAAUAAUAUUUGUACUAUAAUCUAACAGCAAAAAUAUCCUGGAUCUAGUGGCCGAACAUAAUAAAAGAAAAGGGUAUUUAUCGCUCAAACUACACACAAAAUAUUAUAUGUACUUUCAUAAAUUAUUUCACAGAAAAUGAAUAGUAAAAAGGUAUUUCCCAUUAAAUUACUGUCACUUUUUUCUCCUGUGAAAUCGUUUUAUUUCGUUUUUUAUACAAUAUAUUUCAUCAUAGUACAUUUAUAAUAUUUAUCUUGUCGUUUCUCCAUAUGGAGAAUACUGUUAUCAACAGUUAAACAAAAUAAAAAAUUUUUUGUUCUUCCUUAUAAGAUACUGAAACUGAUGUCUCUAAAAAUAUUAAAGGAACAGCAAGUUGCAUUAUGAUGUGUUCUUUUUUUAACUCAAAGUUCUAAUUCAUUCUCCAUCUCAAUGUCACCAUUUUCUUCAGCAACAUUGUUAGCGAUUUCCGUGCUAUUCAAUUCUUCGGUAGGCAUAGAUUCACGAUUUUCCUUAAACUUAUUUUUCUCUGAAAUAUAAAUUUUUUAAUGAUGAAAUCAUAAACAUAUAAACGUAUUUGUUUUAUAAAGACCUACCAAACUGAGAGCAAUCAGCUCCUAGUAGUCGUAAGUAAUGAAUCGCGUCAUUUUUGGGAACAUAGGCUCUUAGAGACAUAGUUCCUCGCCAUCCAACUAUUUGCAAUUUCAAUGGAUUUGGAUGGUCGGUUUCAUGUUCUUCAUAUAUAAGUAUACAACUUCCCAUCGCUAAAACAAUCCAUGAAUAAAUUGUAGAACAAAAUCUUAUCAUAAAUGUUCGUUUUAGAACUAUGAGAUAUAUUACCAAAAUUGUUUAAGCGUUCUUGAGUUCCAGCAUCAAGCUUGGUUAUUUCAGGUGGUGUCAUUGGAUCAAAAUUUUUUAAAAUCAUUAUCAGAUCAUCUUUAGUUACCCUGAUUUUCCUAGAAUCCCCCAUAUACUUAAUAAUACAUUGUAUUCCUUCCUGUGCUAGUCUAAACGGACAAUUCAUAUUUUUAUUCUCACAACGUACAAAUGUUUUUACUCCAGUAUUUAUCAAUUUAAUAUGAUCUUCGUUAGCGAUAACAAUGCUACGAAUCUCCGGUGACGUAUAA